AUGGAAGACGUUUUGCACUGCAACCGGCUCGAGUGUCGCAAGAACUUGGGCUCAGAGGCUGUGGUCACAACCUGCUCGCACAUCUUUUGCCUCACCUGCGCCAACAAGUACUUCACCGAAACCAGAUCCUGCCCGGCUUGUGAGGCCUCUCUCGAUCAGCCCGACGAUGUCGUCGUCUCUUUUCUCAACCCCAGCGCCGAUUAUAGGACGUCCGUACUCGCAGGGUUGGCCCCAGGAAUCGUCAUGGAAAUCGCUAGCCGUAGCUUGAGCUUCUGGCAGUAUCAAUGCAGCCAAGAAGCGAUGUUUCAACGCUUGGUCCUUAAGAAUGCUCAAGAGAGGGCUACGACUCUUGAGGCCCAACUGCGCACGACGAUCAGCGAAGCCAACAACCAACUCGCUGUGUUGCAGACGAAAGUCAAUGACCUGACACAGGAGGUCAAAGGGGAGAAGAGAGUGUCAUACGAACUGAGGGAGAAGCUUCGCUCCGCGAGCAAAGACUAUGAACGCUUGAAAGUAUGUGGCUAA